AUGUCUGCCAACUACGAGGUUCUAAUUGGCCUGGCUCAACAGCGCCUCCGAAAGUGUGGUUUUGAGGAGUUCAGGGAACUGCUGCAGGCCUGCCAGCAGGAGGACGUGGAAAAGUCGGGUGAACUCACUCAAAAUCAAAUUCACUGUAUCUUCAGAGCGCAUCGCAUGCCUUUGCCAGACGAUUUGCUUCAAUCGGCUGUAGAGUUGUAA